AUGAGGAUCGUUCCGUUUGUGUUGCUAGCGUUUGGUCUAGUGUGUUGUGUUUUCGGUGGCAAACUACAGACGCCACGGUCUGCCAGCGAGGAGGAGCUCGAGGCUCGACAGUACGUAGAGCGGAUUGAUGAAGAAAUUUUGGCACGCCGAAAUGUUGGCACAGAAGCUGAAUGGGCCUACGAGUCGAACAUCAACGAGGACAAUUUGUUGGUUAAAAAUGAUGUAGCGGCUACGAAUGCUGUGUUCAUGAAAGAAGUGGCCAACACACUGAGCAAGUACGAUUACGAAAGCUUUAGCGAUGAAGAUUUGAAACGCAAAAUACGAAAACUUACCAAGCUAGGAUACUCCGUGCUGUCGGAGGACACAUUCGCCGAGAUGCUGGACGCUAUCAAUCGAAUGCAGGAGAACUAUGCCAAAGUAAAGGUGUGUGACUAUCGCGAUGGUACCAAAUGUGAUUUGGCAUUGGAACCGGAGAUCACCGAGAUCAUGGCCAACAGCCGUGACCCAGAGGAGCUGAAAUAUUACUGGCAGCAGUGGUACGAUGCUGCAGGUGCACCGACGAGAGCAGACUUCCAAAAAUACGUGGAUCUCAACGGAGAAGCGGCAAGGAUGAACAAUUAUGCGUCGGGUGCGGAAUAUUGGUUGAGUGCGUACGAGGACGACACGUUCGAGGAACAGGUUGAUGCUGUUAUUGAAGAGCUGCGUCCUCUUUAUGAACAGAUUCAUGCUAAUGUUCGUCAUCAGCUUCGAAAGUAUUACGGUGACAAGGUGGUGUCGGAGAAGGGACCAAUUCCAAUGCAUUUGCUCGGCAACAUGUGGGCACAGGAUUGGGCAGGUGUGGCCGACAUUACGAGCCCAUUCCCUGACCGUCAGUUGUUGGAUGUAACGGAAGAGAUGGUCCGCCAAGGAUACACACCGAUUCAAAUGUUCGAGAUGGGUGAUGAGUUUUUCCAAUCAAUGAAUAUGACCAAGGUACCCCCUUCCUUCUGGGAAAAGAGUAUCCUCGAGAAACCGGAUGAUGGUAGAGACUUGGUAUGUCACGCCAGUGCUUGGGAGUUCUCAAAAACUGAUGAUGUGCGCAUUAAGCAAUGUACUCGGGUGACGAUGGAUCAGUUCUUUACGGCACAUCACGAGCUGGGCCAUGUACAGUACUUCUUGCAAUAUCAACACCUUCCGAGCAUGUACCGUGACGGAGCGAACCCUGGUUUCCAUGAGGCCGUCGGUGAUGUCCUCUCGUUGUCCGUUUCCACCCCGAAGCAUCUCGAGAAGAUCGGACUCCUCAAGGACUUUGUGCUCGAUGAGGAAUCUAAGCUGAAUCAAUUCUAUGGAUCUGCAUUGAACAAGUUGGUUUUCCUACCGUUCGCCUACACGCUGGACAAGUACCGAUGGGGAAUCUUCCGUGGUGAAAUUAAGCCCGAAGAGUACAACUGCAAAUUCUGGGAGAUGCGCUCCAAGUAUUCCGGUGUAGAACCUCCGGUAGUCCGAUCAGAAGCUGAUUUGGAUGCACCAGCGAAAUACCACGUGUCAGCCGAUGUGGAGUAUCUGCGCUACUUUGUAUCGUUUAUCAUUCAGUUCCAGUUCCACCGAUCUGCUUGCGAAAAGGCUGGAGAAUACGUGAAGGGAGAUCCGGAGAAGACAUUGAACGAUUGCGACAUCUAUCAGAGCGUCGAGGCGGGCAAUGCUAUCAAGGCAAUGUUGGAGCUGGGAUCAUCGAAACCGUGGCCAGAUGCGAUGGAAGUUCUUACUGGAGUAAGACGUAUGAGUGCCGAUGCACUCAUUGAAUACUUCCAACCGCUGUACGAUUGGCUGGUCGUUGAGAACGAACGCAUUGGAGCACAUGUUGGAUGGGAAGAAACUAAAAGUAAGUCAUUUAGCUAA